UCUCCGGCCAUCUCGUCUCCUCCACCAAUCCUCCUCCUCCGAUCCAAUCCUCGAACCUCCCCGCCGCCGCAUGCCGCCGUCGCCGCCGUUCGCCUAGGCCUCCGCCGCCCCCCCAUCGCGGGCGCGAUGGGGAACACCUGCGCCGGCCCCAGCGCCGCCCCGGACCGCCAUGGCUUCUUCGACAACGUGUCCGUCGCCAUGCUCUGGCGCCCCGGCGGCGCCCGCGCCGAGCCGGUGGUCCCGCCGCCGCCGCCCGACUCGUGCUCUUCCAUGUCGUCUUCAACCUCGUCCACGGCCCCCGAUCCCGUGACCAUCGCCGACUCCGACUACCGCCCGGGCUCCUCUAACCCUAACAAGCCCAGGGUGAAGCGCGUCCAGAGCGCCGGCCUGAGUGCCGAGUCCGUCCUCAAGCGCGACUCGGAGCGCAUCAAGGACCUGUACACCCUAGGGAAGAAGCUGGGGCAGGGCCAGUUCGGCACCACCUACCAGUGCGUCGAGAAGGCCACGGGGAAGGAGUUCGCCUGCAAGUCCAUCGCCAAGAGGAAGCUCGUCACCGAGGAGGACGUCGAGGACGUGCGCCGCGAGAUCCAGAUCAUGCACCACCUUGCCGGCCACCCUAACGUGAUCUCCAUUGUCGGGGCGUAUGAGGAUGCCGUCGCCGUGCACCUUGUCAUGGAGCUCUGCGCGGGAGGAGAGCUGUUCGACAGGAUCAUACAGCGGGGGCACUACUCUGAGAAGGCCGCCGCACAGCUGGCUAGGGUCAUCAUUUCGGUCGUCGAAUCGUGCCAUUCUCUUGGGGUCAUGCACAGAGACCUCAAACCGGAGAAUUUCUUGUUUGUGAACCAGAAAGAGGACUCGCUGCUCAAGGCCAUCGAUUUUGGCCUAUCCAUUUUCUUCAAGCCAGGUGAAAUUUAUUCGGAUGUCGUUGGAAGUCCUUACUAUGUCGCACCUGACGUUCUGAUGAAGAGCUAUGGCUGUGAAGUAGAUGUUUGGAGUGCCGGUGUAAUAAUUUAUAUCUUGUUGAGUGGGGUCCCUCCAUUUUGGGAUGAAUCUGAACAAGGGAUAUUUGAACAAGUUUUGAAAGGUGAUCUUGAUUUUUCAUCGGAGCCCUGGCCCAGUAUCUCAAAGAGUGCAAAGGAUUUGGUCAGGAAAAUGCUAAACCGUGAUCCCAGGAAGAGAUUGACUGCACAUGAAGCUCUAUGUCAUCCUUGGGUUUGUGUUGAUGGAGUUGCUCCUGACAAACCUCUUGAUUCUGCUGUCUUAACUAGAUUAAAACAAUUUUCAGCAAUGAACAAACUAAAAAAGAUGGCCCUUAGGGUAAUUGCCGAGAAUCUGUCUGAAGAUGAAAUUGCAGGAUUGAAAGAAAUGUUCAAAAUGCUGGACACUGACAAUAGUGGUCAGAUCACAUUGGAGGAACUAAAAAUUGGCUUGCACAGAGUCGGUGCUAACUUAAAGGAGUCAGAAAUUGCAACUCUAAUGGAAGCGGCGGAUAUUGAUAACAGUGGUUCAAUUGAUUAUGGGGAGUUCCUUGCUGCAACUUUGCAUCUGAACAAGGUGGAGAGAGAAGAUAAUCUCUUUGCAGCAUUCUCAUACUUCGAUAAGGAUGGCAGUGGGUACAUUACUCAAGAUGAACUGGAAAAAGCCUGUGAAGAGUUUGGUAUAGGAGACGCACAUCUUGAUGAUAUUAUCCGAGACAUUGAUCAGGACAAUGAUGGCCGGAUCGACUACAAUGAAUUUGUAACAAUGAUGCAGAAGGGAAAUAAUCCACUAGGGAAAAAGGGACAGGGGCAAAUGAGCUUUGGUCUUAGGGAAGCAUUGAAGAUUGGCUAAUGCACGGUCAUUUGCUGCGCUAGUGAUAGCGUGCCCGAGGGGCCCUCACCUACAAUCUCGACAAUUGUUGUUCCAGCUAACCAAGGCAGGGUAGGAAUACUAAAUGCUCGAGUCAACCAAAGAAGAAAUUCUCUCAUGGAGUGAACGAGCAAAGAAGAUGCUAGAUGGCUCUGCUCUUUUCGGCCAGAAGGGAUCAGCCUGCUUGUAGACUGCAUGUAUGUAGCUUUUGCAUUUCAAGUGGAGUGAGCAGCUUGAAUUUCGGGAGCUGUGUGGGCAUGAAUUAGGGUACCCCCAAUGUUCUGUUCAGUGACAGAAAAAAAAAUCUGUAUAGGAAAGAUAGUUAGUCAAGCUCUUUGUAUGUCCAUCGAUCACACGGAUGCAAUCAUGCAAAUUUGUACUUACUGAAUCUGAGUGAUAGAUAGAAGAUGGUAGUUUUGUCUAUUGCUUACUCGGCCUUGCCCUGCAAUAUUUGUUCUUGCUCUAUUUAUAGCACAUCUGUCGCAAAAGGGUGUAAAAGAACCACAUGGGUGGAGAACAUUUGUAACGUCCAGUGAACACUAUCAACCAAAAUACUACACAGUACAUGAGCUUCGGUUUAGUAAA